UCGCGGCCGCUUUGUUGCAUCUUGACCGCCGGCACCAUGCACACGCCGGGUUCCGCGGGUUCUGGCGACGCGAGCUCGGUUGACAUCAUGGACAUAUGUGAGUCCAUCCUGGAGAGGAAGCGGCAUGACAGCGAGCGGUCUACGUGCAGCAUCUUGGAGCAGACAGACAUCGAAGCUGUUGAGGCUCUUGUAUGCAUGAGCUCCUGGGGACAAAGAUCCCAGAAAGGUGACCUGUUGAAGAUAAGACCCCUCACACCUGUCUCUGACUCUGGGGAUGUCACCACCACUAUGCAUGUGGACACAGCCGCAUCUGAGCUACCAAAGGACUUCCAUUCUUUAUCAACUCUGUGCAUGACUCCUCCACAGAGCCCUGAUCUCAUGGAACCAUCAACAGGGGCACCUGUUCCUUCCCAAGUGACUGAUUCCAAAGCAUGCACGGUCACGGCCAUCGCCCCCGCCUCUGCUGUGGCUGCCAAAGUGCUAAGUGGGAAGGCCGGGAGUGGGCUGCCUGGCUCGAAGCCCGAGAUGCUGGAGCCAGCCCCUGGCCCACCCUGCAGAGCCGUGGUGACGAGUGUGGUGACGAGUGUGAUCCGGCACACGGGGGAGAGUCCUGCUCCUGCCCACAUUCCUGCAGCCCAGUCUCAAGAACAGGGACUUUUAGACAACAGAGGAGAAGCACAAUUUCUGGGCCCUUGUGCAGCUUUGCAGGACACACACCUCGCUGACAGUUUACUCAGCACAAAGUCGGUAUCCUGUCAGCCUUGCUCGGACAACUCUGGUGGCCUGAUCCCCACCGAUAAAGGCCAACAGGCGGGAUGGCCUGUUGCUGUUCAAAACUGCUCACCAAAGAAUUAUGAAAAUUACUUGCCAAGGAAAGCCACCCAUCUGAUUUCUGUCCCCGUCCCCAGCCCCCCUGUCCUUUGCCAAAUGAUCCCCAUGUCUGGACAGAGUAGCGUGAUACCAGCUUUUUUGAAGUCUCCUCCCCCACUGUCUGCAGGGACUGUCAAGCCCAUCUUACCCCAGACUACUCCAGUCGCCCAGCCUGUGUUCAUGGGACCACCUGUGCCUCAGGGAACUGUGAUGCUCGUCCUCCCCCAGGCUGCCCUCCCCCAGCCUGCCACCUGCCCAUCGAGUGUGAUGGCUGUUGGGAAUACCAGGUUACUGCCCCUUGCUCCUGCUCCAGUUUUCAUCGCAUCCAGCCAAAACUGUGCCCCUCAGGUAGACUUUUCUCGAAGGAGGAACUAUGUUUGCAACUUCCCAGGCUGCCGGAAAACCUACUUCAAAAGUUCCCACCUCAAGGCUCACCUUCGCAGUCACACAGGGGAGAAGCCUUUCAAUUGCAGCUGGGAUGGCUGUGAUAAAAAAUUUGCUCGUUCAGAUGAACUUUCUCGCCACCGUAGAACGCACACAGGGGAGAAGAAGUUUGUGUGUCCAGUGUGUGAUCGGCGUUUCAUGCGCAGUGACCACUUGACGAAGCAUGCCCGGCGUCACAUGACUACUAAGAAGAUCCCUGGCUGGCAGGCAGAGGUUGGCAAACUGAACAGAACUGCCUUGGCGGAAAAACCUGGGAGCCCCCUCGGGACCAUGCCGGUCUCUGCCUGAAAGGUCAGCCAGGGAAUUACCAACGGGAUUUUUUUUAAGCCUUUUUUAUUCAGGAAUGGAAGUAACACAAUAGAGAAUUGGUCAUUUCCUCUCCCAAAAGAAAAAAAAAAUCGUUUUGGGGGGCUAGGAGGUAGUGGGGAGCUGGUUCUGCUGAAAGUGUGUCAACUUUUCUUUUUUGGUUGGGACCCUGUUCAAUAUCUUUUGUAGUUUUCAGAAUUUUUUGUUAAGGAAAUAGAAGAAAAUUUGAUGAGCUAAAUCACCAGCGUUCAAAUAUUUCGGCAAUAAAGUUUACAAAAUCUGGAUUUUUACAACCUUUCUAUUCAUGUUUUGUAGAAAUGAGACAGGGUACUAAUUUUUAUACGGUUUUCUAUAAAAAAUAUUUAUAUUGUUGUGCUCAAAACCCACCAAUUUCUAGAUAGAUGAUUUUGCAACCUGCUUUCCAAUGUUUAAUAACAAAGUUUUAUAGUGACCCUUUUUAAUAAACUUGGCGCAUUAUCCAGCCGAAAGGAAAUCACAAGUACGUAAACAGGCCUUUUAGAUCUAAGAGUUUUUUAGAAUCAGAACUGGUUCAAAAGGGCCUCUGAAAGAAAAGGGAAAAACGAACUUUGCUAUCAGCUUCUUUGUGACAUUUUCAGGCAAAAUUCCAAGCAUCCAUUCCUUCUGGGCUUGCAGCCCAAGGAACUAAAAUUUUGGUUAACCUGUGACCAUGAUGUGACUUAUGAAGGGUGUACCCCAGAGGAUAACUUAAAAUACCUAAUAUACCCAGUGAGCAGGGAGUUGCUAUAGGAUUUGAGUGUCUGUGUUUAACAUGUGUCUUUUUGGGCCAUUGCUUUGCUGAAGACAAACCAUUCACAGUCCUGUGUGUAUCUAAAACACCAAAAAGAUGAUGUAAGCACUCACACCCUGCCGCUUUGUAAAUUGUAAAUUGACUUCAUUUGAUGUGGCCUUUUGAGGUACCCUUACUGUGGGUAGAAUAACUUAGAGUAAAAGGAAAUGUCCUCAUGGGUUGAAUGAACUUUCCACCAAAGUACAGCUUGUCUGUGCGUGUGCCCUUGCCCAGCUCCAGAGUUGGAAUUCCUUUAUUAAGAAAUAAAAACCAUUGGAAAUGCAAGUUAUGCUAAAUGGCAGUAAUACUCCCCAGCUGUCCUUUCAUCCCUUUUGUUUGGAGGAAAAUUUUUUGAUCAAACUAAAUAGGAACAGAGGAGAAGCGAGAAGUUUUUUGCAGUCUACCUAGAAAAUAGACCACAGGCACCACUCUGAACAUAGUAAAUGUUCUAGAUAUAGAAGAGACGCUGUCCUCCUGUGCCAAGUAAGCCACUGAAACUUUUUUGUUAAACAUUGUUAGAAAUUCAGGCAACAGAAUAAAUGCAAGGAACAUAUGGAAUGUUGCACUACUUGGUUAGCCUGGGAAUAUUUUUUACUGUGUGGUGUGUAUUUAGAUUUUGUCUUUGCCCUUUAGUUAUUGGCAUUUACCUUUAUUAAAAUGACGGUAAGGUGAAAUAUUGGAUAAUUAAAUGUAAUUAAGUUUUGUGUUUGAUACAGACCUCACCUGAUCAUCCAUUGUGUGUUAUACUUGACACCCAUUAUGUUGCCCGUUAUUAUCAACUGCUAUUUGACAUAUAUGUUUGUAAGUGCUGCCUGUAUUUUUUGGAGGUUUUCACGUUUUUGGACACUUUCAUAGUUGAGUAUUCCUACUUGUCAUGAGACAUAAUCCAGUUGCAAGAGAACUAUAAUUAAAUGUAUAUAUCUCAUGUUUUUUCCCCACCAACCCAGUCCUUUCUCUCCCCCACUCAUGUCUUAAAUCAGCGUAAACAUUUUUGACUAUGUGUAUGCCGUAAAUGGCAUCAAAUUUGCAUAUUUUAAAAAUUAUAACAUGCAAAAUAAUACUAGUUGUUCUGGUGGAUAAUACAAGAUCUUUGAGUAUUUGGUUGAGUCUCACAUAGAACUUCAUUCUUUGAGGUGUGUUGUUUCUAAAGAAGAAAUGUAUUGAAAAUAGAUGUUUUAAUUUACGCUUCCAUUUCCUGAUUAGAUUUAGAAAUACCGUCUAUAAAUGACCUCUGUUUUUUAGUUUGUCCAUGGAAAGACUAAGUUGGGAACCAGUUCCCUAGUUAUCCUGAGAACCAGAACCCUCGUUGUGUGUUGUUUCGGUGUGGAUUCCUCAUCGGUUGGCCCUUGGUGGUUGGAUGGCUCUGGGUGGUAAGGGCAGAGCGUGAUGAGGCAGGUUCCCCAGUGCACUUUAUUGCCUGAGCAGUUUCGCUUGAUCUUUUUUGACUUUGAGCCUUUUUUAGUAGUUUCAAUAAUAAAAUUUUAAAUGUUUCCUAAUUAUGUUUUAUGUAACAGACUUCGACUUAUUAUUUAAAAGAGUAUAUGUAAUGUAACUUUUUUCUUUGAAUCAUAUAAAACUUUUUUGAUU